AUGGCUGACAACGAUUCAAGAAUGAAAGCCAUUGAAGGUGCUAGGGCAGAUCUUAUGAACUCUCUCAACGUAGUCGCGGGAGGAGAUGCCAUACAUGCAACCUCUAGCACCAUGAUGAACAUGGAAAACACUCUACCUCCCCCUUCCGAGAAUAAAAUGGGGCCACAUGAGAAAGAAGCUUCUACAUCCACAACCAGAGAAGCACCUCCUGAAGUUAAAAAGUUGUUGGAAGAGUGGUUGACGAACGCUCUCAGUGGCUUAGCUGAAAAGCCAUCUCAAGAUGCUAGACGUGCACCGACAACCGACCAUGUCGUGGUCGAUGAUGAACUCGAGAUCACUCAAACAAACGACGUGCUUGCCGGUGCUCAGGUUCAUAAUGAUACCCUUACCGCCAUCCUUAAAAAGAUGGAGGAAAUGGAGAACGAAAACAGGUCGCUCUGUGACCAGAUGAAGGAACAUCAAGAACGGGUAGAUAAAAUCCCAGGUGCCCCUAAGCUAUUGCCCAAACGAGACAUGGGAAAGUUCAUUGAACAACCCUACACAGAAGAAGCCGUGCCCUACCACAUCCCGAAGACCUUCAAAAUGCCCCUUUAUUUGAGGGUAUACGAUGGAACCUCAGACCCCGAGGACCAUCUGAUUCACUAUGUCACAGCCGUCAAAGGUAACGAUCUAUCAAAAGAACAGGUACCAUCAGUGCUUCUGAAAAAGUUCAGCGAAACCCUAACGGGAGGAGCCUUGACGUGGUACUCCCAACUGCCGGCCAGAGGCAUCUCUACAUUAGAAGAAAUGGCGGAUAAGUUCGUCACCGCUCACGCUGGAGCCAAGAAGGCGGAAGCUCGAGUCAAUGACAUCUUCGCUGUUAGGCAGACCUCAGGAGAAGGACUCAGGGAAUUCUUAGCCCGGCAUGGCGGUAGCAGCUUUCCAGAACGGGCUCAACAGAUACGGCUCAAAGGCAACCAAGAAGUUGCUCAGCCACCUCAUGAAGUAUCCCCCCACGAUGAAAUUCAUAGCGCCUAUUGCGCUGAGGUGCGUGGGGACAAUGACGACCUCAACGGCCCAACCAGGCGGCUGGUAACGCUAUAUGCGGAAAAUCGGAGAGACCGACGCAGUGAAGGACGACGCGAGCAAAUCCCACGCGUCAACAGAGAAAGGCACCAACCAUACAACAGGUCUUCGCACCCACCACCGCCGAGACAUGCAGACGCCAUACAACGGCAUGUCGCUCCAUUGAGGAACGACAGAGGUAUGCCCCCUUUACUGUCCGCACAUAACUUUUGUGUUUCCCCUUUAGUAAUAGUGUACGCACUGGAGAGGCUGGGCAACAAAGUGCAAUGGCCUUUGAAGAUGAAGUCCGAUCCUGCCACCAGGAAGUCAAACGCCCUGUGCGAGUUCCAUCAGGAACGUGGGCACAAAACUGAAGAUUGCAUAGGCCUUCAUCAAGAAGUGGUCCGUAUGCUGAACCAAGGAUUCCUGAAAGAGCUGCUCAGUGACAAAGGGAAACUCAAUUUUGCACGAGGACGUGAACAUCCACAGGGCCCGCCAAGGCCGCCUUCGCCAACACGCACCAUCAACAUGAUCAUUGGGGACGACAAUGACUCAGCAAUCAACCAUGUCAAAUUCACCACCACUCACAAAUUAAAACGAACUAUCGCCCACGAACGGUAUGAUGACUCCGAAGAUAGUAUCACCUUCGAUAAGUCAGAUACCGACGGUUUGUCUUUUCCCCAUUAUGAUACUUUGGUUAUUACUUUACGCAUAGCUGAUACCGACGUCAAAAGAAUCAUGGUAGACGACGGUAGUGGUGCCUGUAUCAUUCAUCCGAGAGUCCUUGCUUUGAUGGGACUCGAGGAUAAAAUAAUGCCACGCUGCAUAACACUAACAGGCUUUAAUAAUGCAGUGGAAAGAACUUCCGGAGAAAUAACGCUGCCCGUCCUGGCGGGAGGAGUGAUCAUGGAAACCACAUUCCAUGUGAUGAACCAAGAGACGGCAUACAAUGCUAUCAUUGGGAGGCCAUGGAUACAUGCCAUGAGACCAGUCCCCUCCAGCUUCUACCAAGUGAUCAAAUUUCCCACACCUUGGGGUGUAUUCAGCAUCAAGGGCGAGCCACAUACUGCCCAGGAGUGCUACAAAAUUGCCCAAGACCACACGCACACCAGGCAGCUAAAAGGAGCAAGUGCAAAAGCAUAG